CUAACAUUGAGCCAUUUGUAUAUAAACAGAGAGCAAACCCCCACUCUUUUUGAUGAUAUUACCUAGUUGGGCAAUGAAAUAUCUGCAAGUAAACAACUAAGCUCAGAGAACACGAGGGACUCCACAUGAACAGGCUAAUUAAUGGAAUGAAGAGUCGUUGGUGCGAGGAUUUUGGAACAGAUGAAGAACUAGCCACACAGCUGGAAGGAAGGAAGGAAGGAAAGGAUUAACCCAGAGCAAGAUUGGCUCUCCUGUGCUUAGAGAUAUCCAGGAGUGAAAGAAACGGCGAUGAUUUCUUUGAUAUUCUUGCUCAGUUUGAUCUGUUGUAGCUGCACAGGUCUUCCGACUUCUCAGCCCGCCAUCCAGCCUCGGAAGCCACUGGUGGAACGUGGAGGCACCCUUCAACUGAUCUGUUCCAUGGAUUGUCCUGGUGCUGAAGUGGAAUGGGAAGGCCUGGACACCGACUUGGGGAACAUCAUUUCAGACCAGGAACAGAGCAUCCUAACGCUGAGCAGUGCCACCAUUAACAUGGAGGGGACAAAGGUGUGCUCAGGAGAGUGCCAGGGGGUGUCCUCUCUGGCCAAGGUGGAGCUGAAGGUAUAUUCUUUUCCAGAUACUUUGCAGCUGGACUCCCAGCCCAAGACGCUGACCGUUGGGCGGCCGGCUCGCCUGCUCUGUUCCAUAAGUCACAUCUACCCUCACGGUGCCCUGACGCUGAGCUGGUUCCAGGGAGAUGAACCGCUGCAGGCUUCCAGGGAGAUGGAGGAGGAGGAAAUGGAAGAGGAAGAAGACCAGCUGUUUGUCUACCGCUCUGAACUGGAGCUCCCAACUGUGGCAGAAGCUGUAGCUUAUAAAUGCAAAGCAACUUUGAAGAUUGACGAGCGGAACUUUGCCGAAGAGAAGAUUGCUAUGGCCAUCGCCAGCCCCAAAUCUAUGCAGGAGCUUCUUGGUGCUAGUGAGACCAUCGUCCUUACUCCCACAUCUGGAAGGACAAGUCAAACAUCUGCUCUGGAGCUACUCGCCACAGCUGAUUGGAAGUCCUCACUUGGGACAACCACUAGCCUUCUUCAACUUCUUUCUACUGAGCAUACCAGCUCUGGGGCAUCUGUGGUUACACCAACAGCCAUCCCCACAUUGGAACCCCUAACCGAAGACCAUAACUCCAUCACAGGGGUCAACAAUCUCACUGGAGCUUCUGACCCAACAGACCAAGAAUUAACUACCAAGCCUCUUUCCACGGCCAACAGUUUCUCGACAGGAGGGACCACUGAAGAACCAACCACUAAGCCUCUUUCUACGACCAGCGGUUUCUCAACAGAAGGGACCACAGAAAAAACAACCACUAAGCCUCUUUCCACGACCAGCGGUUUCUCAACAGGAGGGACCACUGAAGAACCAACCACUAAGCCUCUUUCUACGACCAGCGGUUUCUCAACAGGAGGGACCACUGAAGAACCAACCACUAAGGCUCUUUCCAUGGCCAAUGGUUUCUCAACAGGAGGGACCACUGAAGAACCAACCACUAAGCCUCUUUCCACAGCCAAUGGUUUCUCAACAGGAGGGACCACUGAAGAACCAACCACUAAGCCUCUUUCCACGGCCAAUGGUUUCUCGACAGGAGGGACCACUGAAGAACCAACCACUAAGCCUCUUUCCAUGGCCAACGGUUUCUUGACAAGAGGGACCACAGAAAAACGCAAGGAUGCCUGCCGCCCCAUGAUCGUACCUGUGCCUGCCGAAGGAACCACGGGAAGCGUCCUUCGCAUCACAUGCCAGACGUCAGAGUGCCACAGAGGUGUCCAAAUCCAGUGGGUGGAAACCCCCAUGGCCCAAUCACGGUACCGCCUGGAGGAAGCCGAGGGCCAGUCGACCCUGAUGGUGGAGAAUGUCAGCUUGGAGCACCAGGGACUCUAUCGAUGCGUUGCGAUUGCCAGCCCACCCCGGGUAGCCAGCCUGCGCAUCGUGGUGUCUGCCGCCAGUGUCAACACAGAUGCCCUUUUCACCAUCGGAGCCACUGGAUCCCUCUUAGGACUGAUCAUCAUAGGCUACGUCUCACAUCGAUGGCGGCAACGGCGGCAGUGGUGAACAAGGGAAGGGCCAAAAAGCUUCCGUCCAUCUCCUUGGCUACACCCCCUCUGGACCCUGGACUUCUCACCAGGCCAUGAAAGCUAUUCUUUGGCCUUCAAGGGCUAUCAAGCAAGGACUUCGCUGACAUGUUGCCAGGAUUUUCUGCCUUGGGCAAGAGGUGGAAAUGAAAAGCCUGUUUCCCAGGCUCUGCUUGAGGCCAUUUGCCCCAUCGAUGGGGGCAGUAGGCGUUCACUGCAGAACUGCUGGCCGGAUCCUUCUCCAGUUUUGAUGUGAACUGAGUGGAACUGUGGGUUUGAGUGCCACUGUUUAUGUCCGGCAUAGACAAUCCAAUCUAUUGUGAAAAGUCUAAGUCAGCAACUUUAUUGACUUCUGCCUGUAUUACAAGAAUCUUCCCAGACUGCUUGCCUUUGUCUGGGAACAACCAGAUAAGGUUCCAUGGGACUUGGGGAGGGGGUCAAACCUAUGUCUCUUGUGGCUGUGCCAGGACUCAAGGCUAAGUCCUCGCUCGACCCCCUCCUCCCUGCCUGGUUGGAAGUUUCCCAACAGUUUAGGAUGGACCUAUGCCAGAUGGCCUGUUGAACAACGACGGGAGAGUAAAUCAAAUGCUGUUUCUCUCUCUUUUUUUUUCUGCACAUCCUGAACCUACAAGAGCUGGUUCUCAGAUGUAUGCACUUUCUGAAAGUUGCAGGGUGUUUUCACAUCCAGCCAGCAGGAAAUUUAUUUCCGAAAAGGGCUAAGCUAUCUUUGGGGCUGGUGAGUAUAGACUGGGAAUUUUGAGAGCAACGUUUAUUUCCCAGGCAAGAUUGGUCCUGCCCACCAGCAUGAGAUAAUAAUAAAGUUGGAAGGGACCUUGGAGGUCAUCUAGUCCAACCCCCUGCUCAGGCAGGAAACCCUACACCAUUUCAGACAAAUGGCUGUCCAGUCUCUUCUUAAAAACUUCCAGGGUUAGACCAUUCACAGCUGAUCACUACCAUGCCUGCUUAGCUUUCUAUGUUGUUGCAGGUACAUUUGAGUUAAUCCCAGUCAGGGGUUUAUAACAGUUUAAUUAUUUGGUAAGUUGUAACACUACGAAGCUUCUGUUUUGUCCUCGUUCCCAGCAUUAGGACUGCAAUUGGUUUCCAGAAUAAUAAGGACUGUCAACAACCAAUACCUAAAGGAAAAGAACCACUUGCUCCCCAGAUCCCAGAAAGACCGUUAGGAAAGGGCAUCAGAAAUUCUCAACCUACAUGGGGAUAAAUUGAUUCUAAAAAGGAACUAAUUCAGUUGCUGGAAUUCUGGGGACACCCUCUCAAUCCCUGUGGUCCUCCAUUUAUGAACACAAUUGAGCCUAGCAAUUGUGGUCCUAAGUCAUGACGGUCAAAAAGCAGGUCUUUAUGUGACUGACCGGAUUUUACGACCUUUUUGCAGCAGUCAUUGAGCGAGCACAGUCAUUAAACAAAACCACCAUGAAUUGCUAUGGGUAGCCUUUGCCGGAAAUUAGAAGUAAAUGCCGGUUUUCAGCAAAAAUGGGGAUCGCAGGUCCACGGGACGCUUGCCAAGUGCCCAAAAUGCAGUCACAUGACCAUGGGUGUGUGUGUGUGUGUGUGGCUGUCAGAACUUCAGAACCAGAUCGUAAAUACCUUUUGGGCAGUCUGCCUUAUCUCUGAACAGUCAUUAAAUGACUGGUCGUAAGUCGGGACUAUCCUAAAACUUUGUACAAACAACUCUUGCAAGAAUCAACGCUGGGAAAUAAAACACGUUUGCUUCUAGGGCAGCAGAUGCCAAACAAGUUGCCCGCCAGGGCAGAGGGCGGUUGGGAAUUCAGAGACUCCAAAAUCUAGCUUAGCCAACCUUGCAGGGUAUUUGUGAGACUACAAAAUACAAUACGAAGGACCCGCUACCCUGAGCAACGUUAAUCCAGUAUUUUAUGCUGUGCUAGCUGGGGUGACACAAAAGGGAUCUCCCCAUAGCCUCCUGUCUCAAUGAGUCUUGCUAGAGACCUGGACUUAAAAAACAAAAACAAAACACUUUCCGUUUAAGGGGGUUGCCAAACAGCCCGACAAACUUCUGGCAGAACAACUCAUUUUCCCCCCCCCCUUCAGUUUUUUGCUUAUCUAAAAUGGUGCAGUCCGUGAUUGAUUGGGUGCCAUUAAGUUGUUGACUCCCAGCAACCUCAUAGAUCAGGGGUAGGCAACCUUGGCUCUUUUAUGAC